GUGACUGCCUCUCUCUAGAUUAUAUCGUGUAUCAUAAAAUACGAUUUUCUAUCACUUCAACAGGCGCGUCUGCAGCCUCUUAUCCCACACCAAACACCUGUUUUACUCUGGCGAUAUAUAUAUAUUCCAAGGACAGACAGUAUUCACUCUUGACCACACACACACACUUGCAGCGCUCGGAGGGUCGUGUGGUAAACGUCAUAAGCCUGUGGCAGCAGUGGAGCUGAGCGGAAACCCCUCCCGGAUCCCAACUCAACUACAACCUCAGUCAAAGAAAGGAGGAAUACCGAGGAAUUAGGAAACACGGACAAAUACCGCACUACACCUUUACAUAGAAACAAUGCAGACCUGAGUGUGACACCCAGUUGAGAGAGAGAGUGAGACUGUGUGCCUUGCGAGUAAGAUGGGGUUCGGCCGGGACCUGCAGAACUCCCAUGAUGGUCUGAUGAAGCUGCAGGACUGGGAGCUGAAGCUGCUGGAGACAGUGAAGCAUUUCAUGACCCUCCGGGUGAAAAGUGAUAAGGAAUACGCUUCUCUCCUGCUCAACAUCAGCCAGCAGGUGGACAAGCACGACAACUCCUCUCAGAUACACUAUGUCAGUAGUGUCUCCAAGUCAUGGACUCACAUGGUGCAGCAGACGGAGCAGUUAAGUAAGAUCUUGAAGUCUCAUGCAGAGGAGCUGAACUCAGGACCUCUCCAUCGCCUCACCAUGAUGAUCAAAGACAAGCAGCAGGUGAAGAAGAGCUACCAAAGCCUCCACCAGCAGAUCGAGUCUGAGAUGAAUAAGGUAACCAAAAGUGAUCUUGAAAAGUUAAAAGGCACCUACAGGCAGUUAACUAAGGACGCUGUUCUUGCAAGAGAGAAAUACAAAGAGGCUGUUGUAAAAGGCAAAGAGACAGAGAAAGCCAGAGAGCGCUACGACAAAGCCACCAUGAAGCUGCAUAACCUGCACAACCAGUACGUGCUUGCGGUGAAGAGCGCGCAACUACACCAGAAGCACUACCACGAGACUGCGCUGCCCCUGCUGCUCGACUCCCUGCAGAAGAUGCAGGAGGAGAUGAUCAGUGCACUUAAGGGGAUUCUGGAGGAGUACAGUGAAAUCACCAGUCUGUUAACAGAUGAAAUCGUAAAGGUCCAUAAAGAAAUACACACUUCCAUCGACCAAAUCGAUCCUUUUUCAGAGUAUGACAACUUCAUCGAAGUGUAUAGUUUACCAGAAGACAAGGAACCAAAUGUAGACUUUGAUGUAACGCUAUUAGACGAAACUGAGAAUCUUCAAGCAAAUGAGAUUCUGUGGAAUAGUUUGACAGCGGACAGUUUACAAGCAAUGGUGAAAUCCACCUCAGAGGAGCUAUUGUUAACCCAGCAGAGUCUGCGCAGCAAAGAGGACCUCAUGCUGGACCUGGCGAAUAAAAUAGAUGAAUCUACCAAAUCACAUGAGAAGAAAUCAGAUGUGGUGUUGUUACUCAGUCAAAAGCAGUCUCUGGAAGAGUUGAGACAGACGGUUCAGCUGCUGCGUUGCUCAGAGGCCAAACUCAUGGCACAAAGAGAACUGCUGGAGCAGAAGAUACAAGAGAACAAGGGCAAAGAACCACCGCCUGUCGUCAAUUAUGAAGAGGACGCCCGCUCUGUCAACUCAAUGGAUAAAAGCAAAGACAAGACAUCAAAGUUUGAGACCCUAAGGCACUCCAUUGCCGGAAUCAUCCGCUCACCCAAGUCAGUUCUGAGCUCUUCCUCAUUUUUUGACGUGAUUCCCACCAGUGAGAAACCGCUGGGUGAGCAGGAGUGGUAUCACGGUGCCAUUCCCAGGACAGAAGCUCAGGAGCUGCUGAAGCAGCAGGGAGACUUCUUGGUACGCGAGAGCCACGGCAAACCUGGAGAGUAUGUGCUGUCGGUGUUCUCAGAUGGACAACGCAGACACUUCAUCAUUCAGUUCGCUGAUAAUCAGUACAGAUUUGAAGGCACUGGCUUCCCCACCAUCCCACAGCUCAUAGAGCAUCAUUACACAACUAAACAAGUCAUCACCAAGAAAUCUGGGGUCAUACUCUUAAACCCUCUCAUAAAGGAUAAGAAAUGGAUCCUCAAUCACGAGGAUGUUAUUCUUGGAGAACUCCUUGGCAAAGGAAACUUUGGAGAGGUUUUCAAAGGAAUACUUCGAGAUAAAACCCCUGUGGCGGUGAAAACCUGUAAGGAAGAUCUACCACAAGACAUCAAGAUAAAGUUCCUCUCAGAAGCCAGGAUCCUGAAGCAGUAUGAUCACCCUAACAUUGUGAAGUUAAUAGGCGUCUGUACCCAACGGCAGCCCAUUUACAUAGUAAUGGAACUUGUACCAGGCGGCGACUUUUUAUCUUUCUUAAGAAAGAAAAAGGAGGACUUUAAGACAAAACAACUGGUUAAGUUUGCAUUAGAUGCUGCUGCAGGAAUGGCAUACCUGGAGCUAAAGAACUGUAUACACAGAGAUCUGGCUGCUCGGAACUGCCUUGUGGGAGAAAAUAACGUGCUGAAGAUCAGUGAUUUUGGGAUGUCCCGGCAGGAGGAUGAUGGUAUUUACUCCUCAUCUGGCCUCAAACAGAUCCCGAUCAAGUGGACUGCACCAGAAGCACUGAACUAUGGGAGAUACAGCUCAGAGAGUGAUGUGUGGAGCUAUGGGAUCCUCCUGUGGGAAACCUUUAGUCUAGGAGUGUGUCCUUACCCAGGCAUGACCAACCAACAGGCUCGAGAACAAGUGGAGAAAGGUUAUAGAAUGUCCUGCCCGCAGAAGUGCCCAGAUGAGGUGUACAGGAUCAUGCAGCGGUGUUGGGAGUACAAGCCUGAAAACCGACCCAACUUUGCAGACAUUCAGAAAGAACUGGCUGCCGUCAAGAAAAAAUAGCCUUUGAUGAGGACAUGGUCAGAGGGCCGAACCAAUACUAUACUUCCAGGUGAUCAUGAAUCUACAGAGAACAACAUUAUCAAUGUUUCACCCUCCAAAUCACAUGUUAUUAUUGUACUUAAAGAGUACUCUGUCACAUAAUCACUGUGUGAACUGCAUAUGCACCAGCUGUUUUGAGCCAUUAGCAUGGUGACAGGUCUCCGCUUUGCUCUGAUGACAAAAUUAUGCAGGUUUCCCCUGUAUUUUGUCCUGUUAAUCUCCAUCGAGCAACAGUUAAGCUAGUUCAGACAGAAUGUGAGAUGUAUGUUGUCGAAUAGAGGUGUAAUCAGUACGCCAUUGAGUAUUUUUGUGUCCGCAUUAGUGACUCUCUGAAAUAAUUAAAGAACACUAUGUGGAUGAAUGUUGGAAAAUGGAUCGUUUGUCCACCCAAUAAACCAGGAUUAUCUGUCUUGUUUUGUUUUUUAAGACCUGAGCCUGUUUGAUGGUUUGGGGUGUUUUAUAUUCAAGUCAUAUUUUCUGGAGAGAUAACAGACAUGUGUGCUGAUGUUUGUAAAUGAGUUGGAACUCUGCAUUGGUUCGCCGGUCCCCUAUUACAUCAGUAAGAAGACUUUCAGUGAUUUACAUUCCAACAUUCCGGCACUCAUCAAAGCAAGACCAAAUGCAUAGGUUUACCUAAGUGCAAUUUAGUACACAGUACAGUCAGAUGGCCUUAAUGUACAAUCAUAUCAUUCUGGAGGGAUGUAUGCUUAUGUAUUGUAUUUGAGACCAUUUGAAUGGACACUGCAUCAGUCUACACAAAAUACUCCAAAUACCUCUCAAUUCAAGGAAUGGUUGCACCCAAAAAUGAAAAAAUCUGUCAUUGUUUACUCCCCAUCAUAUUGUUGCAAACCCUUAUGACAUGUUUGUUUCCGUGGAACACAAAAGGAGAAGUUUAGCAGCAUGUUCAUGAUGCUCAUAAGCUUUCAAACAGCCAAAAAGGACACAAAUGUACCAUAAAAGUUGUCCAUAUUGCUUUUGUGUGGUGUUGUAAUAUUUCUGAAGCCGUUUGAUAGCUUUGUGUGAGAAACAGACUGAAGUUAAGCUGUUGUUUGCAUAAUAUCUUCCCCUCCCCUUCUGCUGAAUAUCUCCUUUUAUGUUCCAUGGAAGAAACAAACACAUACAGGGUUGGGAAUGACAUGAGGGUGAGUAAAUUAUGACAAUGUUCAUUUAUGGGUGAACCAUCCCAUUAAGUUUCAACAAAGAUGCCAUGUGGCCAUCACCUCAAGCUCUGUCCAAAGCUUCCUGGUAACCAGCAACCAAAGCCAGUCACAGGCACGUUUAUUUGUAUCCAUCUUAUUCUUGUGUUGUUUGUGUGUCGUUGCUCUUUUACGAUCAGGUUUCCUUUUGCAAACAAUCCUUGAGACCAAAUAGACAUGUAUUUACCUACACAAGUAUUGCAGGUUUGGCUAGACAAGGAUUUGUUCUGUAUUAAAACUUUCCCAGGUUGUACUGGUGCCAUUGUUUUCCAUGUUUAUAUUGCUCUUUAUUUACCCAUGCUCUCAAGUAUGUCAUGCCGCAUUGACUUUUGAUCACGUGCCGGAUAUGAAUUAUGGAUAUCUAUGGUUCAGUUUUUUCUAGUUAAAAUGCUUUAUCUUUAUCAGCAAUGAAAUUAUUACUAGUGAAAAUGCUAAUAAACAUUUUUGUACAAGUAAACAAUUAUUGACAUAAAAAACAUGAUGCCGUUCUUGAAAUCAAAAAUGGAAUUUCAGCUUGUAAAAAAACUAUUCUUGAUUUCUGUAACUGAAUUCUAAUAAAUAGAAUUUCACAGUGAUCUCUCGAUUCAGUCCUGUUCAAAACACGAUUACUAAAAAUGACUGGAAAUCUAUCAUUUAUUUUGUUCUCCAAAUAUACAUAGCUGAUAUGUAUUUCUUACCGUGUACUUUGUACUUAUAUUGUUACUAGUGUAAAUAUCCAUUCCUGACAAAAUUCAUGUUUGUUUCAGAAAGCCUUUUAAGAUAUCUUGACUCUUCAAUUGAUUGAUCUGAAAUCCAUUUGCAGAUAUGAAAUACUGAAUCAAACAUGUUAAAAUAUAUAUAUAUAUAUAUAUAUAUAUAUAUAUUUUUUUUACUAUUUUUAAUGCAAUUAUUAAAGGGAUAGUUCAGCCAAAAAUGAAAAUUCUCAUCAUUUACUCUCCCUCAUGCCAUCCCAGAAGUGUAUGACUUUCUUUCUUCAGUUGAACACAAAUUAAGAUUUCUAGAAAAAUAUUUCAGCUCUAUAGGUCCAUACAAUGCAAGUGAAUGGUGACCAGAACUUUGAAGCUCCAACAAGUAAAUAAAGGCAGCAUAAAAGUAAUUAUAUGACUCCAGUGGUUUAAUCCGUCUUUUGAAGUGAUAUGAUUGGUGUGGGUGAGAAACCGAUCAAUACUUAAGUCCUUUUUUACUAUAAAUCUCCACCUCUGUUAUGCCCCGACCAGAUGGUGGCAAUAUGCACCAAAAAUGCACAAAAAGAAGAAAGUGAAAGUGGAAAUUUAUAGUAAAAAAAUAACAUCCAUUUCUCCACCACAUUUAUAAUAUCACUUCUGAAGACAUGGAUUAAACCACUGGAGUCUUAUGGAUUACUUUUAUGCUGACUUAGGGCUUUUUGGAGAUUCAAAGUUCUGGUCACCAUUUACUUGCAUUGUAUGGAUCUACAGAACUGAAAUAUUCUUAAUUUGUGUUUAGCAGAAGAAAGUAAGUCAUACAUUUCUGGGAUGGCAUGAGGGUAAAUAAAGGAUGAGAGAAUUUUUGUUUUUGGAUGAAGUAUCCCUUUACUUGUGAAAAUGCCCAUACAUGAUAUUAAUGUAAUUAUUGAUAUAAAAACGUAUUAUCUCUUUUACUAGCUAGUAGUACAGUGCUUAUAUAUGAAAUUGGAAUUUCAGCUAGUAAGAAAAUAAUUUUAGAUAUCCGUAAUAGCAUUUUGAAAAGGAGCGAAUGAUGUGAAAAUGCAGUUACUUAUCAGUACUUUUUGUCCCCCAAGAAUGGGUAUUUCCCAUUCCAUUAACUAGUGAAAAUGCUAUUUAUUUAAAUGAGUAAUAACAUUUGCACUAGUAGUAAUUAUGCUGGUAACAUCAAGAAUUAGCAUUGUAACUAAGAACAUUGAAUUGUAGGUAUCUGCAAUUCAUAUCCUGCACGUGAGUCUGUGUGGACUGCUCAAACAGCGUUGUAUGGUUUCUUCAAGGUUUACUCUAAAAAUCAUUCCUUUUGUAUUUUGUAAAUACUUUUUUGUAGAUUUAGUAAUGUAAUUUUGUAAGGUCUCUUUUUAUUUUACUGCAAAACUAAUGAUAUUAUGAGUGUUGAUGUCUGUCAGGAUGCAAUAUGCCUUUCCAGCUAUAAUAGUCACAGUGAAGACCCAGAAUCAAUUCUACACUAAUAUUUGCACAUUUGGAAUAUAUAUAGAUAUAUAUAGAGAGAGAGGGUCAACUGUUUCUUCUUAGUCUGCU